AUCGCGGCCACCAAGGAGGCGCUCGAUGCCAAGAUGGAAACUCACGAGGAGAAGCGCGAGGCGUUCAUUAACGAACUGCGUGCUCGCCUCAAGGACCAUCUCGAGGGAGUUGAGAAGACCAGACUGACUCUGGAACAGCAGACCGCCGAAGUGUACAAGGCGAUCGAGGACAAGAUGACCACCGCCGCCGACAAGCGCGACGAGAACAUCAAGAAGAUGCUCGAACGCCUGCGCGAACAUGAGGAGCAGGUCCGCAAGGUGCGCGCCGGCAACCAGGAGCGAUUCCAGCAGCUCGAGAGCGCCAUCCAGGAGAAGCUGCAGCAGGCCGCCGACCGCCGUCUGCUCCUUGAGGCCGAGCAGAAGGAGAAACUGCGCAACCACAACAUUAAGCUGGCCGAGGUCCGUUCUGCCGCCACCGCCAAAGUAGAAGAGAUCACCAAGGACAUCGAAACCAAACUCACCACCGCCGAGCAGAACAGGGAAAAGGAGAUCCAGAAAAAAUUGGACUUUGUCAAGAAAGAGGAGCGGCGCGCGGAGCUGGUGCGGCAGAACAAGAGCGCGCGCACGGAGAGCGGCGCGGCGGCGGAGAGUAGCAGGCGGCGCCGCGGGCUCGGGCUAGAGCGCGCGCCGCCCCGCGCCGCGCCCGCCGCGCCCGCGCCGCCGCGCCAGGGGAGCCUUCCUGGCCCGGACGCUCAUGGCCACGCCGUGACCGAGCCCGACCACCGUCUGUCGCUUUCCGAUGUAGCAUUCGUUUGUAAGCUCGGCCUCACUCCCGCUUGGUUUCGGGCGGCACGGCUCGGCGCGCCGGGCGACGGGCCGCGUGCAUCGCGCGGGUCACAUCCUGAUUUAUCAUUCUUUUCCGUGGGCUUGGAGGAAGUGCGGUCGGCGUGCCGGUCACACGUGAACACGUGA